UCUCAGAUGCCAGAACAGUUAGUGGCUUUCAUGUGUGCGCGACGCUGCGCUCCGCAGCUUCUGAGAAAGGAGCCCGGUGGCGUCCCAGUAAGAGCCGCCUCCACACUCCUCCGCCGAACGGCCAUCGGAUGGACUUUCGCGGUCAUGCGCGAAUCACACCGAAAGCACGGUGACUCUCCGGAAUACCAUUCGGUAGCAUCUUCGUGUCACUUCCUACGAUUUUCGACUUUUUGAACAUUUUCUGUUCCUUUUUCCCCUGGAUUUUUUUUCAUCUGUUGGAGAUUUACAGUUGUGCUCUUUUAUGUGAUAUAACUAACUUCGAUCAGACAAUUAACCCAUAUUCGGACCGCAACUUAUGGAUCGGGUUCACCCUGACGACCUCGAGCAGCCCCAGGGUGGCGAGUGACGUUUCCUCCAGGAUCGCGUCCACGGCCACAGUCUCACAAACAUGGACUGUUUCUCCCAAUUCUACUUCCUGUCGAGACAUCAUGGUCGUUGGUAACCGAAUGCUGAUGGUGCUGUUACUCUGCCAAGCCCUGCUGUGGGAGGGCACACAUGCCAGCCUGGUGCCGGAACUGGGCCGGCGCCGGGUGCUGGGCCUGCAGGGCCGCCUCCCGGAGCAGAACGACGCCGCCCUGCGGGAUUUCGAGGCCACGCUGCUGCGCAUGUUCGGCCUGCAGCGCCGGCCGCGACCCUCCCGCUCUGCCGUGGUGCCUCAGUACCUGGUGGAUCUAUACCACGCGCAGUCCGGUGAGGCCGAGCAGCCUGGCCCGCCCGGCGCCACUUUCCAGUACCCCGAGAGGUCCGCUAGCCGCGCCAACACCGUGCGGGCCUUCCAUCACCAAGAGAGCCUGGAGCAGGUGGUGGCAGACGAGUGGGCGGAUGUCGGUGGCAGCGACGCCCCCCUGCGCUUCGUCUUUAACCUCAGCAGCAUUCCGCCGGGGGAGCUGCUCUCGUCGGCAGAGCUACGGGUGUACCGGCAGCGGGUCCCGGGCGCGGAGCUGCACAGCGGCGACCAGCGGCGGCACCGCAUCAAUGUGUAUGAGGUGUUGAAGGUGGUGCGGGGCGGCCAGCUGAUCACGCGGCUGCUGGACACGCGGUUGGUGCAGCACGACACGUCAGGCUGGGAGAGCUUCGACGUGAGCCCUGCCGCGCUGCGCUGGACCCACGAGCGCGUGCCCAACCUGGGCCUGGCUGUGGAGGUGCUGCACCUCAACCGCUCGGCGGUCCAGCAAGGCCGGCACGUGCGCCUCUCCCGCUCGCUGCACACCACUCCCGAGGAGGACUGGUCUCAGCUGCGCCCCCUGCUGGUCACCUUUGGCCAUGACGGUAAGGGCCACCCGCUGACACGCCGGAGCAAGCGCAGUGCCAAGCCACGGGGCCGCAAGAAGAACCGCCACUGCCGGCGGCACCCACUUUAUGUGGACUUCAGCGACGUGGGUUGGAACGACUGGAUUGUGGCCCCCCCUGGCUACCACGCUUUCUACUGCCAGGGUGAGUGUCCGUUCCCGCUGGCGGACCACCUCAACUCCACCAACCACGCCAUCGUGCAGACUCUGGUGAACUCGGUGAACUCCAGCGUACCCAAAGCCUGCUGCGUGCCCACGGAACUGAGCGCAAUCUCCAUGCUCUAUCUGGAUGAGCACGACAAGGUGGUCCUCAAAAACUACCAGGAGAUGGUGGUUGAAGGCUGUGGCUGUCGCUGAGUGACGGACGCUUCAAUCACAGGCUUGCUGCCGAAAUAUCUCCACUUGGGCCCUUAUUUAUAAUUAGAUGUAAAAUUCUGUCGUUUUUUUUUUUUUGUUGACAAUAUGAUCAUAUAUUUUGACAAAAAUAUAUAUAUUUAUAACUACAUAUUACAAAUAAAUGUGCAUCCUUAUUUUAAACAUAAAUAAAAAGAGUAAAACAUUUUA